AUGUUGUCUCUGAAAGGGUUUUCUUUAUUAAUUUGCAUUAUUCUCAUAUCAACAAAAUCAUAUUUAGUACAGGGCAAGUACGUAUUUUGGCCCACGAUACAGCGUAGCAUCGCCCAGUACAAAGUGAUCUCGACUUGGGACUAUGCCAAGUACCAUUGUGACAAUCAAGGUGCGAUGUUGGCAUCCCCUAUAGACGCAGGCCUCGUCAAGCAAAUGAAGAAGAUCAUCGGCGUGAAUAAUUACACUACACCAUACUUCAUAGGCAUCAAGGCGGGACGUGAUGGAGAAUUUGUCUCUGAAGAAGGUAUUUUACUUGAAGACAUAGCUGAGGCAGCAAUAUACAUGAUUGACCAAAUAGACCCUCGACUUGGUGACUGUUUGUGUAUGGACAAGCACAGUAUAAGGGUGGUGUCGUGUUUGUCUCGACUGCCUUACAUGUGCUACAAGAACGCAACGGCUGUUUCGAAGAAUGCACUCUCGACUGGUGCAUCAACCGCUGCCGUAACCCAAACCUCGACAACCGUACCUAGCCAUUUGUCAAGUGUACAAAUUUAUUCAAGUAAACCCUUAGGGAAUUGUAGUGAAGAUUAUCGUUCAGAAUAUCUAUUUUACGACAACAGACGUUGUUACAAGCUGCACAAAUAUCAGAUGGGAACAUGGUACCAAGCUAACCAAACUUGCAACGACGAAGGAGGGUACCUGGCUGUCAUCAAUGACAGUGCUGAGGCGAGGCUCAUUAAGGACAUCUGCUUUUCCGAUAAUAACCCCGAAUUUGUUUGGAUUGGACUUCAUGACAUGACUGGAAACAGAGACUGGGAAAGUGUCCUCGGUGAUAACUUGCAUACAGUAUAUAACACUGGUGAUUUAAAAAACAGUAAAUUUGACUGCGGUGCCAUGAAGUAUGUCGGUCGGUGCAUGAUAUACGAUGUGAUGAUCAGAAGAGUUUUAUUUGCGAGAAACCAUUUGGAAAAUAACUAUAUUUUAGGACCUAAUUUUGUCUUGGUAUUUUUACAAUAUGGUGUCAGAGCGCAAUAA